CACCUCGUUCACCUCGCUCGGUCCUCCUCUUCUCCGACGCCACUCUGCUUCUCCAUCUUCCCGGCACCGCUCUUCUCCUCCGUUCUCUAAGGCUAGGGUUAGGGUUUCUCUCCUCCUCAAACUUCGUUGCCACUCUAGGGUUUGAGGUUCCUUCGUUUCGCUUCCUCGCUAGCAAUCUCAGUGUGCCUUCCUCAUUCCAUUUCCCCGCUCGUUCUCCACGGACCCCUGAACCGGAUCGUCCAAACUUGGGGGCUCGUUCUCUUUCCGCGCGCCCAGAGUUAGGGUUUCUUCGACCCAGCCUCGAAAUGGGCCGUCGAAGGGUUGUAAGCUUCAUGGAUGAGGAGUUCGAUGCCAAGGGGAGAGACAACGAAGGCGACGAGGACGAAGAGGAUGAAGAAGGUCAAGACGAGUUCGAACUAGAUGGGUUUAUAGUGGAUGAUGUUGAAGAGGAGGAAAAGGAAGACGUUGAUGAGGAGAGGGGCAUGAAGAGGGUGAAGAAGAGAAGAGUAACAGAGAAGAAUUUUGUUCUUGAUGAGGAUGAUUAUGAGCUGCUCAGGGACAAUAACAUCGCUGGUGUCGGCCGUCCCAUAUCUGGUCGCAACUUCAAGCGGUUGAAAAAGGCUGGGAGGGAUUCUGAGCUAGGGGAAUCAUCUGGGUUUUCUAAUGAGGAAGGAUCAGAACGUAAUAGGGCAGGUGGUCAAACUGCUCGGGAGAAACUUAAGCGCAGUUUGUUUGGCGAUGAUGAAGCUGGACCUUUGGAAGACAUUGCUGAAGAGGACGAAGACGAAGAGGAUGAUGACUUGGCAGAUUUCAUUGUUGAGGAGGAUGAUGCUGAUGAAAUUGGUGCUGCAACGAAAGAAAAAGGGGCGAAGAAAAAGAAGCCCAUACAAGGGUCGGGAUUAUCAACUUCUUCGCAAGAAGCUCGCAAGAUAUUUGCUGAUGCUGAUGAGCUACUAACACAUCGAAAACAAGGUCUUGAAGAUGAGUUUGAAUCCUUUACUGGUUUGGAGAAGUAUAGGAUGGAGAAGGAUGACAUUAUACGAGAAACUGACAUACCCGAGAGGAUUCAGAUGUCUGAGGAUCUCACUGGGCCACCGCCAAUUGAUGAUAAGAGCAUUGAAGAAGAGAGUGUAUGGAUAUAUAAUCAGCUUACUGCCGAUAGUAUGUACAGUGACAAUCAAGUGAUCAAGGAUAUUAGCAAGGGUGACAUACGAAAUGUCCUUACAAUGUUGCAUGUCCAGAAGUUUGACAUUCCUUUCAUUGCCAUGUAUAGAAAGGAGUUAUGCAGUAGUCUUUUGAGAGACCAUGAUGUUGAUGCUGAAGAUUGUGUAGAAAAUGUGCCUAGAAUCAGGUGGCAUAAGGUGCUUUGGGCUGUUCAGGCCUUAGACAGGAAAUGGUUGCUUCUUCAGAGGCGUAAGAAAGCCCUUUCGAUUUAUUAUAGCAAACGCUUCCAAGACGAAGCUCGAGGAGUUGACGAUGAGCUGAAACUAAAAUUAAACAAAGAAGUGUUCCGAUCUGUUAAUGAAGCACUUGAGGAAGCAGAAUCUGAACGGGAGGUUGAUGAUGUUGACGCGAAGUUUAAUUUGCAUUUCCCGAUAGAUGAAGUGGAAACAGGGGAAGGACAAUUUAAGAGGCCGAAAAGGAAAUCACUCUACAGUAUUGGAUCUAAGGCCUACCUGUGGGAAGUAGUCAACAAGUUUGGUAUAAGUUCCGAGCAAUUUGGGAUGCUUUUGACGUUGACAAAGAUUCCCGGGGUGGAUGAGCUUGAAGAACCAAAGGAGAGUCCUGAAGAGGUGGCUAUGCAUUUCACAUGUGCAAUGUUUGAAACUGUGGAAGAUGUGCUCAAAGGUGCUAGACACAUGGCAGCACUAGAGAUUGGCUGUGAACCUAUUGUGAGGAAGCAUGUACGCAGUUUCUUUAUGGAGAAUGCUGUUGUUUCAACUAGCCCAACUCCUGAAAGUAAUUCGGUUAUAGACCCCUAUCAUCAAUUUUCAGGCGUGAAGUGGCUUCGUGAGAAGCCCUUGUCCAAGUUCGAGGAUGAACAGUGGCUCCUCAUCCAGAAAGCUGAAAAAGAGAAACUCCUUCAAGUUACAAUAAACUUGCCAGAAGAAGCUCAGAAAAAACUACUAAGGAAUGCUAGCGACUUCUAUUUGAGUGAGUGUGUUGGUAAAUGUGCUCAGCUGUGGAAUGAACAACGAAAACUAAUAUUGGAAGAAGCUUUCUCCACUGCCAUUCUCCCAUUGAUGGAAAAGGAAGCUCGAUCACUAUUGACAGCAAAAGCCAAAAAGUGGCUUCUCUCUGCAUAUGGAAAACAAUUAUGGAAUAAGGUCUCUGUUGCUCCCUUAAAGAACAAGGAUGCUGAAAACGAGAAUGAAUCUGGAAUACGAGUAAUGGUUUGCUGUUGGGGUCUGGGAAAGCCUCCGACGACCUUUGUUAUGCUGGAUUCGGCAGGGGAAGUAGUAGAUGUUUUAUAUGCUGGUUCUAUUUGUAUUAGGUCUCAGGGUGUUGCUGAACAACAAAGAAAGAAGAAUGAUCAGCAGAGACUACUGAAGUUUAUCGCUGAUCAUCAGCCGCAUGUUGUUUGUGUAGGAGCAUCGAACAUGUCCUGUAGACAGCUGAAGGACGACAUUGAUGAGGUAAUUUUUAAGAUAGUGGAUGAUCGCCCUGCAGAUGUUAGCGGCAAUACAGAACACAUCAGUAUUGUUUAUGGCGAUGAAUCAUUGCCUCGCCUAUAUGAGAAUUCGCAGGUUUCCUCUAAUCUACCCGGGCAGCCAGGUAUUGUAAAGCGAGCUGUUGCUCUUGGUCGCUAUUUACAAAAUCCAUUGGCAAUGAUUGCGACACUCUGCGGGCCUGAGAAAGAGAUACUCUCUUGGAAACUCUUACCCCUUGAUCAUUUUCUUACUCCUGAUGAGAAGUAUGAGGUGAUCGAACAAGUAAUGGUUGAUGCCACGAACCAAACAGGUCUUGAUGUUAACUUAGCUGCAAGCCAUGAGUGGCUUUUUUCUCCUUUACAAUUUAUUUCUGGCUUUGGACCGAUAAAGGCUUCUGCUUGGCAAAGAGCAUGUGAAAGGGCCGGAGCCAUUUUCAACCGAAAAGAAAUAACAAUGGGAAAACUUAUUAGAAAGAAUGUUUUUAUUAAUUCUGUUGGGUUUCUGCGUGUACGCAAAAGUGGUGCGGCUACAGCGAGUGCUCAUAUUAUGGACCUUUUAGAUGACACAAGAAUUCACCCGGAGUCAUAUGAUUUAGCAAAGAAUUUGGCUAAGAAUGUCUGUUCAGAGGAAGCCCCAAAUGAAUCCAAUGAGAUGGACGAUGAAGAACAGGAAACGGCAAUCGAGCAUGUUAGAGAAAAACCACAUGCGCUUAAGGUUCUUGAUAUUGAUGACUAUCUGAAGAAUUUUCCUGAUGGGGGUAUGAAAAAAGAGACCCUUAAUGAUAUUAAGAUGGAGCUUCUGCAUGGAUUUCGUGAUUGGCGGGCCCCAUUCAAAGAACCGAAUCCUGAGGAGGAGUUUUUUUUGCUUUCUGGCGAAACUGACAAUACCAUUAUGGAUGGUCGGGUUGUUCAGGUGACGGUUCGUAAGUUACAAGAUAACAAAAUUAUCUGUUCACUGGGUUCUGGCUUGAUUGCAUUUAUUAUGGCGGAGGAUUAUUCUGAUGAUGGGUACGAUGUAGAGACGCUAAAAGUCCGUGAAGGAGAUGUACUUACCUGCAAAAUUAAGAAUGUCAACAAAAACAGAUACAGCGUAUACCUAACAUGCAAAGCUAGUGAUAUGAGGAAAAGGCCGUACUUUGAUAAAAGUAAUCGUGAUCCUUACUACCGGGAAGAGGGUAUUAGCUCGCGUAAUGAGCAAGAAAAGGCUCGCAACAAAAUGGAGCUUGCUAAGAAGCUUUUCAAACCCAGAAUGAUUGCUCAUCCUCGUUUUCAGAAUUUGACAGCUGAGGAAGCAAUUGAGUAUCUUUCAGAUAAGGAUGCGGGUGAGAGCAUUAUGCGGCCAAGUUCUAAAGGGCCAUCUUUUUUAACUCUAACUCUGAAAAUUUUUGAUGGAGUCUAUGCUCACAAAGACAUAGCUGAGGGUGGAAAAGAUCUCCAGGACAUGACAAGCUUGCUUCGUCUGGGAAAAUCUCUGAUGAUUGAUAUGGCCACUUUUGAAAAUCUUGAUGAGGUUAUGGAUAGAUAUGUCGGUCCAUUGGUUAACAACCUGAAAAGUAUCCUUAAUUACCGCAAAUUCAAGAGAGGGACCAAAGUAGAAAUCGAUCAUCUUUUGAGGACCGAAAAGGCAGAAAAUCCAACAAGAAUAGUCUACUGUAUUGGUGUCUCUCAUGAACAUCCGGGAACUUUUAUUUUAUCCUAUAUUCGGAGCUCAAAUCUACAUCACGAGUAUAUUGGGUUGUAUCCAAAGGGCUUUAGGUUUCGGAAAAUGGAUUUUGAUGGCAUUGACCAGCUUGUAUCUUAUUUCCAGAAGAAUAUUGACAAAAAGCCAACAUCAACUUGGGGUUCCUCAGGGAGGGGUUCUGAUUCAUGGAAUAGCAGUGGUGGCGAUGAUGGCCAGUCAGGAAGAGGUCGAGGUCGGGGUCGGGGUCGGGGUCGCGGACGUGGGCGUGGACGGGGAAAUGGAAAUGAUUUUGGAAGUGAAGGCCGCGAUUCCGAUUUUGGUUCUGCAUGGGGCUCUGGUUCGAAGGAUGAUGAUGGCAGCUUGAGCAGUUUCCCCGGAGGUUGGGGUGGUGGAAGCAGUGGCGGUAAUGAUGGUGAUGGUGGUGGUUGGGGAAGUACUGGAGGAAAAAAUGGAGGAAGCUGGUCAGGCGGCGGAGAUGGGGGUGGUGGUGGUAGUGGUGGUGGUGGAAGGGGAGGUAGUGGCGGCGGUGGAAAUGAAGGUGGUCGUGGUGGCUGGAACAAGGGUGCUGCUGCUGACAGCGAUAAUGGUAGCAGCGGUGGUUGGGGUAGUAAGGGCAAGGGUGGAACUACUGGAAACGGAGAUGGAGGUGUGUUGGGCAGUGGUGGUGGUGGUGGUGGUGGAUGGGGAGGUAGUGGCGGCGGUGGAAAUGAAGGUGAUCGUGGUGGCUGGAACAAGGGCGCUGCUGGUGGUGGCAAUGAUGGUAGCAGCGGUGGUUGGGGUAGUAAGGGCAAAGGUGGAAGUAGUGGAAACGGAGAUGGAGGUGUGUUGGGCAGUGGAGGUGGCGAAGGUGGUGGCUGGAGUGGUGGUGCCAGCCGGAGUGGAGGUGGCGGUAGUGGUGGCAACUGGGGUGGUGGUGGUGGUGGAAAUGAAAGUGGUCGCGGUGGCUGGAACAAGGGUGCUGCUGGUGGUGGCGAUGAUGGUAGCAGCGGUGGUUGGGGUAGUAAGGUCAAAGGUGGAAGUAGUGGAAACGGAGAUGGAGGUGUGUUGGGCAGUGGAGGUGGCGAAGGUGGUGGCUGGAGUGGUGGUGCUAGCCGGAGUGGAGGUGGCGGUAGUGGUGGCAAUUGGGGUGGUGGUGGUGGUGGAAAUGAAAGUGGUCGUGGUGGCUGGAACAAGGAUGCUGCUAGUGGUGGCAAUGAUGGUAGCGGCAGUGGUUGGGGUAAUAAGGGCAAAGGUGGAACUAGUGGAAACAGAGAUGGUGUGUUGGGCAGUGGUGGCGGCGAAGGUGGUGGCUGGAGUGGUGGUGCUGGCCAGAGUGGAGGUGGCGGUAGUGGUGGUAGUUGGAGCGGGGGUGGUGGAGAUGCUGGAAAAGGGGUUGGCAACGGUGGGUCGAGCAGUGGUCGUGGUUGGAAUGUUGGUGGUGCUAGUAGCGGCGAUAAUGAUACUGGUGCUGGUUGGGGUAACAAGGGCGAGGGCGAAACUAGUGGUGAUGGAGGUGGAGGUGGUGGAUGGGGUAGUAAAAGCAGUGAAGAUGUUGGGUGGGGUAGUAAAAAUAGCGAAGGCGGUGGGUGGAGUGUUGGUGCUAGCCGGAGUGGUGGCCGAGGUAGUGGUGGUAGUUGGGGAGGGGUUAGUCGUGGCGGUGGUGGUGGCGGUGACAGUGGAAAUGAUAAUGUUCGAGGUGGGUCGAGCAGUGGAGGCUGGAGUGGUGCGAAAGCUAGUGGUGGCGAUGGCGGUAGCGCUGGUGGUUGGGGUAGUGGUGGUGCUGGAAAUGGAGGUGGUAAUUGGGGUAGAACUGGCAGUGGGGGUGGUGGUGGAAAUGUAGAUGGUAAUGGUGGUUCGGGUGGCUGGAGUGGUGGUGGUGCUAGUAGGACUGGUGGCUGGGGUACAGGUGAUGGUAGUAGUUGGCGUGGGAGCGGGGGUGGGGAUGGCGAUGGAAAUGGAGACGACCAGGGUGGCUCAGGCGGUGGAAGUGGCAGCAGCUGGGGUGGCGGUGGCGGCCGUAAUGGUGGUCGGGGUACUCGUGGCGGUGGUGGCAGUUGGGGUAGAGGUAGGGGUGGUGGCCGUGGCGGCUCGCGUGGUGGAAGGAGCAGCGGCAGUUGGAAUGGCGGCGAUGGCCAAAGUGGUGAUGGUUCCGGUGGUGGUAAAAGUGGUAGUUGGGGUGGGCGUGGAAAGGAAGAUGGCCGUGGUGGUUGUUGGGCUGGGGGUAAUGGUGACAGUGGAAAAGGAGGCGGCAACGGUGGGUUCGGCAGUGGGUUUGACAGUGGAAACAGUGAAGGUGGCGGCUGGAGUGGUGGCGGCAGAAGUGGUGGUUGGGGUACUAGUGGCGGCGGCGGUGGUAGUUUGGGUGGGAGUGGGGAUGGUGUACGCAGGGGAGGCAGUAGUUCUGGUGGUUGGGGUACUGGCGGCGGCGGCAGGGGCAGCGGUAGUGGGGGCGGUGGCGGCGGCAUUAGCAGCAGUGGCGGCUGGGGAGGAGGGGAUUCAUCUGAUAAAAAAGGUGGUUGGGGUGGUGGCGGCAGCUGGGGAGGUGGGGAAUCUUCCGAUAAAAAAGGCUCAGGUGGAUCCGACGCCGGAUUUGGUGCUGGAAAUUCUGCAUGGGAGGGCUCGAAAGGAUCGGUCGACGCCGGCCCCAAAAGUGGGGGUUGGUGACGACAAAAAUGCUGCUACGUUCGGCGUCGGUGGUGCAUAAUUGACGAACAAAAUAUAAUUUGUAGUCAACGCUUAACGUUUUCACUUUUGAUGUUAGUUCCCGAAACUAAUCAAAAUGCCUUGUUUGUGCUCUAAAGUGUACUUUCGUCUUGGGAUCAUACUCUCUCUGAAAUUCCUGCUAUCUUUUUGGGCUGUAUAGAAAAGCAGGGGCCGAAUCUGCAUGUUAAUAUUUUCUUGCUCUUACUCUGGACAAACUUAAAAGAAUGAUGGGCUCGACUUCAAUCUGGUAAUAUUUGGAGGGUUCUUAU